AUGCCUUAUAAUCUAGUAUUUGGACAAUUACCUCAUAGUGAAACCAACGUAGUGGAUAUUUUAAUAAAUGAUAAUUAUGAAGAAGAAGAAUUGUCUAAUACUUUAGCAACUAAUACUUCAAUAUCUAAUACUUCAGCAUCUAAUAAUACUUCAGCAUCUAAUACUUCAGCAUCUAAUACUUCAGUAUUUAAUACUUUGGUAUUUAAUACUUCAGCUAUUUUAGAAACUGAUGAUAAUAAUGA